AUUUUUUUUACCUCAAGAGCUUCAUCCGACAGGGUUGUCAGACCUCGGAGGCGAAAAGGAGUCGCGGUCCCUUCACACGAGUGUGGAAGGCUCUGCGACGCUCCACCCCUUAAGGUAACCGGCACCUGAGACAAAACGGACCGAGGUCCUCGGCACCCCAUCCGCCCAGCUCCGCUCACUGAGUCCGAUGGCUGCGGCAGCGCUGCGGCACCUGGCUGAGGCCAGUGUGACCUUUGAGGACGUUGCUGUGCACUUCUCCUGGGAGGAAUGGAGGCUGCUUGAUGAGGCUCAGAGAUGCCUGUACCUCGAUGUGAUGCUGGAGAACUUUGUUCUUACAUCCUCUCUGGGUUGCUGCUCUGGACCAGAAGAUGUAGAAGCCCUCUUUGAACAGAGUAGUUCUGUGGGAGUGUCACAGGCCAGCACCUCCAGAGCAGCUCUCUCUUCCCUGAAGACUCACUUCUGUCAGAUUUGUGGUCCAGUCUUGAGAGACAUAUUCCAGUUGGCUGAGCACCAAGGAACACAGCACAGCCAAAAAGUGUUCAGGUGUGGGGUGUGUAUGAAACAAUUUAAUUUUAGUGCAAACCUCCAAACGCACCAGAAACAGCACCUGGGAGAGAAACCCUUGAGAAGCAGUGUGGACAGGACCUUAUUUGUGAAGAGCUAUCAAUUCCAUGUGUCAGAGAAGCCCUUUUCUUGUGACAAAGUUGGGAAGCACUUCCUGUCCACCUCAGAACAUCUACAGCAGCAGACUACUCAGGCCAGGGAGGAGCCCAACAAAAUUACCCAGAGUGGGACAACAUUACAAAAGAGAAAAACUCGUUCCACCCUGGGAGAAUAUAGAAAAGCCUUCAGCCACAUAAAUUCACAUGCUCCAAGACAGGAUGUUCACACUGGAAGACAGUGUUUUUUGUGCCAUGAAUGUGGGAAAGCAUUCAGGUAUCAGUUCUCAUUAGUUGUUCACCAGAGGGUUCACACUGGUGAAAGACAUCAUGUGUGUAGCAAAUAUGGCAAGUCGUCUAGGCAAAACUCAACCCUCAGUCAGCAUCAAAGAAUUCAUCGUGGGGCAAGGCAGUACACAUGCUGCAAAUGUGGGAAAUCCUUUAACCAAAAAUUUGUCCUCCUAUAUUCCAGGAGGAAUCAUAAUGGAAAAACGUAUGACUUGUGCCAUGAAUGUGCACAAUCUUGUAGCCGUAGAUCCGUCCUUAUUAAACAACAGACUACUCACUCUGGAGAACAGCAUUAUGAGUGCAUGCAAUGUGGGAAAGUCUUUAGACAAAAAUUUUGCCUUCUUAUGCAUAUGAGAAUUCACUGUGGAGAAAAGCCUUAUCAGUGUAGUGAAUGUGGGAAAUGUUUUACUACUAGCUCUGUCUUUCAUUAUCAUAAGAAAGUUCACACCGGAGCAAGGACUUAUCAGUGCAGUGAAUGUGGGAAAUCUUUUGCAUUUGGUUCUAAUUUCAGUGCUCAUCAGAGAGUACACACAGGAGAAAGGCCUUAUCAGUGCAGUGACUGUGGGAAAUCCUAUUUCCGAAGGCAUCACCUUCUUACACACCAGAGAGUUCACACUGGAGAAAGGCCUUAUCAGUGUAAUGAAUGCGGGAAAUGUUUUACCACUAGCUCUGGCUUUUAUUGUCAUAAGAAAGUUCACACUGGAGAAAGACCUUAUCAAUGCCAUGAAUGCGGGAAAUCUUUUGCAUUUGCUUUCAUUCUCAGUAAUCAUCAGAGAGUACAUACAGGAGAGAGACCUUAUCAGUGCAGUGAAUGUGGAAAAUCCUUUAUUCAAAGACAUCACCUUCUUCUGCACCAGAGAGUUCACACAGGAGAAAAGCCUUAUCAGUGUAGUGAAUGUGGGAAAUGUUUUACUACUAGCUCUGUGUUUCAUUAUCAUAAGAGAGUUCACACUGGAGAAAGGCCUUAUCAGUGCAGUGAGUGUGGAAGAUCUUUUGCAUUUGGUUCCAACCUUAGGGCUCAUCAGAGAGUACACACAGGAGAAAGACCUUAUGAGUGCAGCGACUGUGGAAAAUCCUUUUUCCGAAGGCAUCACCUUCUUACACACCAGAGAGUUCACACAGGAGAAAGGCCUUAUCAGUGCAAUGAAUGUGGGAAAUCUUUUGUAUCUGGUUUUAGCCUCAGAAAUCAUGAGAGAGUUCACACAGGAGAAAAGCCUUAUGAGUGCAGUGUAUGUGGGGUAUCUUUUACAACUAAGAGGAAACUUCGUUAUCAUCAGGAAGUUCAUAGUGGAGAAGGGCCUCAUGAGUGCCGUGAAUGUGGAAAAUCCUUUACCUCUCGGUACGCCCUCCGUGAUCAUCAGAGAAAUCAUACAAGCAAAAGGCCUUAUGAAUGUACUAAGUGUGGAAAGUCUUUUACAUCAAAUUCUAACCUCAUUGCACACUGGAGAGUUCACACUGGAGAAAAGCCUUAUCAAUGUACUGAAUGUGGGAAAGCUUUUUCCUCUGGCUCUGGCCUCCGUUAUCAUCAAAGUGUCCACACUGGGUUAAGUCCUUAUGAGUGUAGUGAAUGUGGGAAAUCUUUUCCUAGGAGCUCGGCACUCAUUCGACAUCAAAGAACUCACACAGGUGAAAGGCCUUAUGUGUGCAGUGAGUGUGGGAAAUCUUUCAUCCAGAGGAAUCACCUUCUUGUACACCAGCGAGUUCACACAAGAUAAAGGCCUUAUGAUUGCAACAGAAUGGUCAGAAUCCUUUAAGGAUAGUUCCCAGUUCAGUUAACACGGGGCAGUUCCCACUGGAUUAACUUAUGUGAGUACAAAAAUGUAGGAAAUCCUUUAGCCAUAAAUCUCAUUUUUCUUAACACCAUAGACUUUAUAUUUGAAAGUUGUUUUGUGGGUGUGGUAAUUGUAGGAAAUGUUUUAACUCUUUCUCUGGUGUUUGUUAUUAUCUGAGAAUUCACACAAGAUGAGGCCUUCCUAUAGCAAAGAUCAAAAAUCUUUACUCACCACCAUAUAGUUCACCCAGGAGAAAGGCCUUAUAACUGCUUGAAUGUAAGAAAUCCUUAAAGGGUUUACCUUAUUAUACUGCAGAAUUUACACUGGAGAAAGAACUUACAUGUGCAAGGGAAUAUGCACUUUUGUUCUUAAGUAUGGUGACACUGGAAGAAACCACGAGAAGCCAUCCAUCUGAAUUUGUUCUCAUAUAUCCAGUUGUCCACAUGUGGGAGCAGGUUGACGAGUAGUUUCUUAUAUUUAUUUGCUAUCUGUAUAUGUGAUAGCAAAUAAAUAUAGAUGAACUGUCUGCUCAUCUUUUGCCUUUUAUGAACUGUCAUUUUGCUUUAACAGUAGGAUAAUGAAGAAACAUAUGUAUUGGAAUGUUACUCAUUUUUGAAUAUAAGUGAA